AUGCCCAUUUUCGGCGAGAAACCCUUUACUUCCAUCACGGUGAAAAUCAACCAGCUCAGCACGCCCAACAGAAACGCUGAUUUGGAAGAUGACUCCAUUGAACUCUACAUGGACAAUCUUCUUGAGCUUAUCAAGAUCCAGCCUUCUGGCGCAGUGGAGGCAGCAAGGGCCAUUCGAAAGAAAAUCAAGUACGGCACGCCUGUUUCGCAGCAGCUCCUUGCAUUGAACCUCUUGGAAUUGCUCGUGCUCAAUGGUGGACCCAAAGUUGGGCCUGUGGUGGCAUGCGACGAUAAGUUGGUGGAUCUUUUGAAGAAUGUCAUCUCUGGCACCGCCCGUUCAGGCACUGGUGGCCCAUACGACAUUAAGGUUGUACAGCGGACUCGUGAGUUGGCCGUGGGCUGGCGAAGAGAGUUCCAAGACAUGACUGAGUACAGUGGCUUUGGGAAUCUCUGGAAAGCCAUUCCCCGGAAAAAUCGGCUGCGUGCAACCAGCUCUGCGACAGGCGGGUUUUCUGAAGAUGUUUUUGUGGCCAGCCCACGCAUUGGCUCUCCUCGGAGUCGUGAGCCAAACUCCUAUUCGCGGGAGCGUUCCCAUUCAAGCGGAACGCCUCCUCCUCCGCGGCCAAAAACGGCUUCUCCGUACUCGCAAAGCAACAAGAAGAACAAAAGAGGCGACAAAAAGAAGAAAAAGCGGAAGGGGGUUGCUUACGCCGACGAAGACUACCGUAUCCCCCAAAUCAAUUAUAAGGUAGAAGCGCCCAAGAUUAGAACUACAAUUGCAGACUGCUACACACAUACAACAGCUCUCAACAACGCAUUGUUAGCUCUUCCGGAAGGAGCCGAUCCGUUGGACAACAGCAAAGUAGCGGCGGAAUUCGAAAAGUGCCGCAAGAUUCGCCGCUCUGUCCUUCGAUACUUGCAGUUUGUCGGAGCGGGUGAUGUUUGCCUCAAAUCACAGGAAGUCCAGGAAUUGGACGAGGAGUUUUUGGGCUCCUUAAUUGUGGCUAAUGAGCAAUUAGUUGCGACUUUCAAGGAAUUUGACCGCAAAUGUGGCUACACAGACGAAAACCCGGCCCCCGAUUAUGGAAACGACACUGAGGACAGUGAUGAAAGCUAUUACUCUAGUGAUUCGUCUGACGAGGAUCUGGUUAGUGAGCGCUUGGACGAGAUGCAUUUGGCAGGCACGAGUUCCAGAUUGCAGGAGGCCGUUAGAUCUCCACCUCCUAGACCCGCCAAACCAGAGACAUUAAGGGCCAAGGACAUGCCUCCAAUUAGCAAAACGGAAAGCGAAGUUUCUGUGGAGAGUGCAAACCCUUUUGGAGAUAGCCACGAGGUGAGCAAAACACGCUCUGUGUAUUACUAG